ACCGUUGAGACGACGACGACGACGGGAUGGACCGCUUGAUGCUCGACAAGUUCAAGAACGCGCUGGACGAUGCGAAAGGCGCGGUGAAGGCGCGCAUGGGCUCGGAGACGGAGCGCAAGAUCGAAGAAGCGCUCUCGAAUAAGAACUGGGGCGCGUCAAGCACGCUCUUGAACGAGCUCGCGCAAUUGACCUACGAAUACGAAUCGUACAACCUUAUCAUGAAGAAGGUCUGGGAAGGCAUGGACGUCGAGGCGCGGCAAUGGCGCACGGUCUUCAAGGCGCUCACGCUCCUCGACCACUUGAUCAAGAACGGCACGGAGCGUGUCGUUGAGAACGCCAGAGAUCACAUGUUCAAGCUGCGAACGCUCUCGGAUUUCAACUACUAUGACGGCUCGGCCGACAAGGGCGCCGGCGUGCGGGAAAAGGUCAAGCAAGUGCUCGAGAUGCUCAAUGACAACGACCGCAUUCGCGACGAGCGAGAGAAGGCCAAGCGCCUCCGCGACAAGUACACGGGUGUCGGUUCCAGUGGCAGCAUUGGCGGCGGCAGUGGCGGCUACAGCAACUCGGGCGGCUAUGGCAAUUCGGGUGGCUAUGGCAACUCAGGUGGCAGCGGUGGCUACGGCAACAGCAACAGUGGCGGCUACGGCAACAGCGGCAGCGGUGGUUACGGCAACACGGACGAGCGACGAACGAGCAGCCGCGACAAGUACGACCAGGGCGGCUACGACAACCCGCGCCCGAGCAGCCGCACGGGAAGCCGCGACAAGUACGAAUCGCGCCACGACGAAGACGAGUCGGAAGAGGAGGUCCGGCCCAAGGCGCGUCGCUCGUCCAAGAAGAAGGCGGCCAAGGAAGCGGAGCCCGUGGCCGACGACGAGCCCGUGCGUGCGCCGUCGGCGGCCCCUUCUCUCUUGGACCAAGACUUCUUUUCGGCGCCGGCGGUCACCGUCCACCCCGUCGCCGACCCGUUUGCACUGCCGGCGGCCCCCGCCGCGGCGCCGGCCUUUAACAACGCGUAUGGCAGUGCGCCCGUGGGCUUUGGUCAGAUGCCGGCACCGACGCCGGGCUUCCCGCCGCAGCAACCCGGGAUGAACCAGUUUCCGGGCGGCUUCCAGAACAUGGCGCCCGCGCCUGUCAUGGGCGGCAUGGCCGCCGGUCAAUUCGGCUCGCGUCCCAGCAUGACGCAGCCGUACGGGAGCAACCCGCAGCCGGGCAUGGGUCAGCAGCAACCCCUGUACGGCAGCAACGCCAGCAUGGGCCAGUACGGCCAGCCGUCCAGUCAGUUUGGCGCGCCGCAACAACAGCAGCAAAUGCAGCAGCAACAACAAAUGCAGCCCCCGCCGGCGGUCAAGAAGGAAGAGCCGCCGCGCUCAAACGAUGCGUGGGGCGCGGGCUCCAACCUCUUUGACUUGAGCAACCUCAGCAAGAGCAAUGCGACGUCGACGAGCGCCGCCAUGCCGGCCGCCAAGCAGCCGCCGGCGUUCGGCGCUCAGAACAGCUUCAACGGCCUCGACACACUCGCCGGCAUGCCCAACAAGGGUCCUUCCAACCCGAUGCCGGCGAUGGGCGGGAUGGCCAUGGGCCAGACGCAGAUGCGCCCGGCCAUGGGCGGCAUGAACCCCAUGGGUGGCCAGCCGCAGUACGGUCAGCCGCAGUACGGCCAGCCGCAAGCGCAGUUCGGUCAGCCCCAGUACGGCCAGCCGCAGCCCCAGUACGGACAGCCGCAAUACGGCCAGCCUCAGUAUGGCCAGCAGCAACAACAGCAGCAGCAGUAUGGCCAGCAGCAGUUUGGUGGCUUCCGCCCGUUCUAAGUAUUACGACCGACCGAAGGUUGAAGACUCGAGAGAUAUAUGACCUUG